ACCAGAAGCCAGAGAAAGAGAGAGCGGGCGACAAACAGCCAGUAAUGGUCAUCCACACACAAGUGCGUGUAGGUGUGGUGUAAAGAACAAGAGUUGUGUCUGACUGAAGGAUGGAGUUGAGACUAGUGUAAUUCCCGGUGCGUAAGAGCGUCAUGGAUAAAGCGAAACUAGCGCAGCUGAGAUCAGUGAUAGGGAACGUCGGGGACGCGUUAGUCAUCACCAGCCUCGGCACAGACACCGGUGCCUUCACAGUCUGUUUUUCUUCGUCGUGAUGCUUUAGUGAUGUAGGUUUUCAAGACGCACAGGUGGGAGCGCCUCGUCUUCACACCAGAGUGCACUUGUUUCUCUUUCUGACUUCCACUUAUCGGUUUGGGUGAAACAACAGACUUAACAUGGAUACUCCGAGGGAAACCAGGAAACAAAAAAUCAAAGCCAAAUCAGCCAAGCGCAAGGAUAAGACGCACAAGUCCCAGAGGCUGUUCAGAAGGAAAUCGCUAAAAUCGCUUGGGAAUUUUAUGAGCAGAAUUGUCAAAACUUUGGGCACUUUGGCACACUUGGGGGACGCGGACCAGCCGGACGCGGCGGAGGAUGAUGAUGGUGGGUUUGGAGACACUCUGAGCGCCCACAACACUGGGAAUCCCAAAGAGAGCUCGGCGAGGAAGACCGCUGCUCCCUCAUCUUCUUAUGGAUCCGUCAAAGAAAGACUGUCCUGGUGUUACGGCGAGAAAACUCCGGGGGUUCAGGGUCUAAAGAACCACGGAAACACCUGUUUUAUGAACGCCGUGGUGCAGUGCUUGAGUAACACGGAACUUCUGGCAGAGUAUUUGGGUCUGGAGCAGUAUAAAUGUGAAUUCAAUGAGAUGAGGAUCAACGGGAUGAUGAAGAACGAGGAGGUGAGGGGGGAGGUGACGGAGAAGCUGGCAUCGCUAGUGAGGGCGCUCUGGACGCUCGAUUACACGCCUCAGCUGUCAGUGGAAUUUAAGAGUGUUGUGUCCAAGUAUGGCUCUCAGUUCAAGGGGAACGCUCAACAUGAUGCUUUGGAGUUCCUGCUGUGGCUUCUGGACCAUGUACAUGAGGACGCCAGCCUCUCCACCAACAACAACCACAACAGCAAAACCAAACCAUCCAGCAAGGGUCCUGUGGGAUUGGAAGAGAGUUCAUGCCCCGGCUCAGCAAACUCACAGAAGCCUGGAACUCGACACAGUUUCGUACAGGAGCACUUCCAAGCUCAGUACAGGUCAUCAUUGACGUGCCCUCAUUGCCUUAAACAGAGCAACACUUUUGACCCUUUCCUGUGUAUUUCACUUCCAAUCCCUCUGCGACAGACCAGGGCCCUGAAUGUGAUUCUGGUGUUCAACACUGAAGGUCAGCGGUUUCUGAGAGUAGGGUUGGCUGUGCCUCUCUUUGGGUCUAUCUCAACGCUCAGGGCCAUGGUAGCAGAGGAGGGCAAGAUCUCUUCAGACCAGGUGAUUUUGACAGAGAUGAACACAAAUGGGUUCCAACGCUCUUUCUCUGAUGAAGAUGAUAUGACGAGUAUCUCAGAGAGUGAUGUCAUCUACGCCUUCCAGGCUCCACCCCUCUUCAGAAGAGGAGGCUCCAUGCGAUUCUCAGGGUUCCAUCACUCCCUCCCUUCCUCGCCAUACAUUGCAGAGCCUGAAGGUCACAGUUUACCACCCUCAGGGACGUUAUCAUCAGAAUUCUUGAAUCAGGGAGGUUCUUCAAAGAUCCUCCUGUUAAUCUGCAAUGUUGCUGGGUCUGGCCAACAAGUUACAAGGUUUGGGCCUCCAAUCCUGAUGAGAGUAGAAAGGACUCUGUCUUGGGAUCAUCUGCAACAGAGUGUCUGCAAUAAGCUUUACUUAUUUCAGAAAAAUACAAUCAUGAAGACUACUGAACUGUUUAGGAUUCGUGUGGUGGGUGGGUCAGCUUCCUGCAGUUACCUGUCUCCCCAUGACAGCAGACCUCUGUGCCACCCAACCGUGGACAGGGCCCUGAAAUUAUGUGGUCCUGGUGGUCCUCUGCAUGUGAGGCUUGUGAUUGAAUGGGAGAACAGAAUCAAAGAAUGUCUCUUUGGUAACAUUCAAGAGGAAGUUAUUGAGGAUGCAGAGAGUGUAAGAAUGCAGCAGCAGAAUCAUGUACAGCAGCACAGUUGCACACUGGAUGAAUGUUUUCAGCUCUACACCAAAGAGGAGCAGCUGGCGCCAGAUGAUGCAUGGAAGUGCCCCCACUGUAAGCAGAUGCAGCAGGGGAUGGUGAAGAUGAGCUUAUGGACCCUGCCUGACAUCCUCAUCCUGCACCUCAAGCGUUUUCGGCAGGUGGGCAAACGGCGAAACAAGCUCUCCACCCUCAUUCGCUUUCCGAUAAGCGGUCUGGAUAUGACUCCCCAUGUGGUGAAACGCAGUCAGAGCAUGAAGAAUUUGGCCCCGUGGCCUGCAACUUGGAAACAUGGAGAUACUGACUUCCUAUAUGACCUGUAUGCAGUCUGUAACCACCACGGAGGCAUGCAUGGAGGCCAUUACACAGCCUAUUGUAGGAACUCCGUGGACGGCCACUGGUACAGUUAUGACGACAGCAGUGUGGAGAUUGUGCCAGAGGAUGAACUGUGCACACGCGGGGCAUAUAUCCUGUUCUACCAGAGAAGAAAUGUCAUCCCACCCUGGUCCGCCAACAGCUCGGUCAGAGGUUCCACCAGCUCCUCUAUGUCAGAUCAUUGGCUCAUCCGUUUGAAUGGUGAUAGUAAAAGAGGAAGUAUGGUCUCACGGUCUUCCACAACAUGCCCUUCUUCCAUCCCAGACUCCCCAGAGUCUCCCAUCUUUCAAAAUGUACCCUCAAUGGACGAGAGAGGUGGGUUUGAAAGCAGACCUUUCGUGCGAGGAAUCCAAGGGCGUAGCGUAAGCAUGAAAAGUCCCACCAAGACCAAAAUGCUCCCACUCCGAUGGUCCUUUGGAAACAAAGAACGCCACAAACCUGCCCAAGUUCCUGGCCAGGCUCCUGCAGAACUGGUGGAGUAUUUAGAGUCUGGCAGAAGGCCAAGAUGCACCAAAGACCCCAUUGUUGCCCUAAUGAAUCGACCUUCUGAUAAAACAAGUGGUAAAGAAGAAGUUACGAAAAAAUCCACAGCCAAAUCUUCAAGCCACAGCAGCCUCGGACCUCCAGAGUUUCUCAAAAUACCACAGGGUCAAGAAAAAAGUAGCUCAGAGAAAGCAAUGGGCCAACAACCCAGCAGCAGACCAAGAGAAGAUGGAACUUUGACCAGACGGAGCAACAGAAAAUCAAAACAGGACAAAUCACAGUCCAGAAACAGCUCCGGCACAGGGAUCCAAUCCAGUUCCAGUGGUCCAAGCAGAUGGGAUGAUCCAGGUGAGGAGCGACUCCAUCUGGAGGAGAAACAGAGGAAGGGACCGGAGACAAAACAUCACGACAAUGUCUUCGCUUUUCUUAAAGGUGGUUUCAUGAAGAAAGACUCGCUUCGGAGGUCUCGAGACAGUGAAUCUAUGAAAAGUGGUGACACAGAUUUGAAAAGCCUAUCUGGAGUUUCACUCUCCAAUGGGACACACAAAAAAAAUUCAGAAGGUAAAGCUAAUAGCACUAACCAAGCUCGUAGCAGACUUGGAGAUGAAUUUGCAAAUGGCAAGGUGAGUCGUGGGUCAUCAGACAUUAAACGCUCGCAAAGUUCUUCCAAUAUUCAAAGCAAGGCCGAUCUAAGCUUAAGGAGGACAGCAUCUCUACACAGGAAUGGCACGUUGGCAGCUCAGCUGCAGAAUGUUCCUAUGGACAGGGGCUCUCAGAACACCCUGCAACGCACACGCUAUAGCACAAACUCGCUGGGCAGAAAGAAGGCAGUCCCUGAAUCAAGCUUCUGAGACUUACUUCACUACACCCAAAUAUCACAACAGUGUAGCAAAUAUCUAAAAGCCCAAGUAAGAACUAUGUUAAGAAAGAAAGCUUUGAAAUUAUGGCAGCACACUAUGAAGUUGCACAUACUGUACAUUUGGAAUAAGUGGAUGAUAUUUUUGUUCACUUUUCUCUGCUUAUAUGAAGUGCCUCUGAACCAGAGCAAAUUUUUAUUUAUUUUUUUGUCAGAUUGUGUUUUGGCACUGGAAUUACAUUGCACACUGGCCUCAGCACCAGGAUUUUAAAUUGAAAAAUGAUUUGCCUCAGAUCUGCCACUAAAUAAAUUUAUCAGCUGUAAAACAUUAAUGUAAUUGCUAUAUAUAUAUAUAUAUAUAUAUAUAUAUAUAUAUAUAUAUAUAUAUAUAUACAUAUAUAACUUUUUAGUUUCAUCUUUUAUGAUUCUGUACUAGAUUGUACUGACUGGCUGCUAACCUCUCAAGGGUUUUCAUGACAUUUAUCAAAGAUGUCAGUUCCUGCACUUUCUGUGAAUUUAUUACACCAAUGUCUGACUUAAUCGUGCUCUCAAAACACAUUUGUAUAAGAAAAUUAUUUUAGAAAAUUAUAAAAUCUAACAGAAUCUAAAGGGAUGAGAUAUAUUUCUAAUGCUCUAUCACAUAUGUACAAGGAUGGCAUGUUGACAACACAAUGUAUUAGACAGAAACCCUUAGUAAAACAAUGUCAUUCUGAAAAGCACAAAUACAACAACCUCACCUUGUCACCAGUGGUUUAAUCCAUCACCUAAAACUAGUUUGAAUGCAGUAAGAAGAAACUGUUUAGCUUAAAGGAUAGUACACCAAAAUAAUUAAAUUGUCAUUGUUUACUCACCCUCAUGUUGUUCAUGUUUGACUUUUUUAUUAAUAUACCACAAACAGAGAUGUUCAUGCUGCUCGUUUCCAUUCAUAGAAAGUUAAUGGUAACCAGCAACUAUCAAGCUCCAAAAUGAUGACACCAUUAAAGGGUUAGUUCACCCAAAAAUGAAAAUUAUGUCAUUAAUGACUCACCCUCAUGUCGUUCCAAACCCGUAAGACCUCCGUUCAUCUUCGGGAAAUCAGUUUAAGAUAUUUUAGAUUUAGUCCGAGAGCUUUCUGAUCCUCCAUUGAAAACGUAUGUACGGUACACUGUCCAUGUCCAGAAAGGUAAGCUUUGUUGAAGCAUUGGUCCAAAAAAAUUAUAAUAAUUACGACUUUACUCAGCAUUGUCUUCUCUUCCGGGUCUGUUGUGAGCGUGUUCACGAUGCUGCUGACAUAUGAUGCUGACGUGUUUUCCAAUAACAAAGAUAACACGUCAGCAGCAUCAUACAUCAACAGCGUCACUGCAGUCUUGUGUUCGAACGCACUCACACCAGAUCCGUAAGAGAGGACAAUGCUGAAUAAAGUCAUUUUUAUUUUUUAUUUUUGAAACCAAAAUGUAUUUUCGAUGCUUCAACAAAUUCUAACUGACCCUCUGAUGUCACAUGGACUACUUUGAUUAUGUUUUUAUUACCUUUCUGGACAUGGACAGUAUAGCAUACACACAGUUUCAAUGGACGGACUAGUUAGACACUGAUAAUACAGGUUUGAAACAACAAUGUACAAUGUUUUUUUCAUUCCUUUAAUCAAGUUCAUCUGAAAAUGUAUGAUGUGUUCAAAUAACGUGAUGAUCUAGCAAUACCAAUGACUGCAGAAUAAAGAAAAGCCUCAAUAUAACCAGUAAAGUGACCUUAAAGAGUAGAAAUCUAUGACACGGAUUGUGUUUGGCUCUAAUUGCUCGGAAAAACAGUCAGAACAUGUCAUAUUGUCACCUUCUUAUUUGGACUAAUUGGGUCCAUAUGUCAAUUAAUCUGAAGAAUAAGACAAGAAAAACAGUCAUUUUUAUGUAUCCCUCUCUAGAAGCAUUUAAAUACUCUGAAUGCAGCUCAUUUAACUCUACAUGCACUGCAAAGCUCAUUCUUUUGCAAAAUAAAACAUUUUAUGCAUUAUCAAAUAUUAAAAUAACUUUUUUCUCAGUAUGAUUGUGACUGAAUCAAAACUCAAACAUCAAACUGAAUCAAAAUCACACAUCUGUGUGUUAAAUUAAUCUAACAAGUCAUGGACCAAACAGAAAGUGUCCUGUUGAUUAUUGCACAUGAUAUGGAAUAUUUACUAGCUCCUCAAAUGUAAAAUACUAUGUUUAUCUCUUUGCAAUCUAGGCUCGUUAGAAAUCCGUGCCUCUACCUCCAUUUUUGAAAAACUCCAAAAAUGUACCUAUACAUAAUAUUUACUACAGUUUCCAGCUGAAAUGAACACUAGUGGAGGUAAAACACUAACUUUUAUUCUUUAUACACAAAUUAUUAUUACAGGAGCAGAUUAUUUAUUAAUAAAGACUUUUUUUUGUGCAGCUCCUUGCACAAUAUUAUGUUAUGACCUCAGAACCGUUUUACCACAUUGCAUGAUUUGUAAACUAGUACUGUACUUAGUGUUUGCAUUAUGUGACCAGUUCCAUAGGUUAUGCUCGAUCUGGUAGUAUAGUAAACUUGCUCUGUAACUCACCUGGUACAGCACUGCAAAUGUGAUGCAGAGCACUUCUGCAGCAAGAGAGCUCAAAGACUUAAAUUACAUGGCAAAUGUGUCUUUAUCUCAUGGUUUUAACAAUUUAUUGUGAGUGGUAUUAUAUGUCAGAUGUGAUAGAGCAUUCACAUGUAGCGCCACAAACGUUUCGAUUAUAAACUGUGACAAUUUGUACUACAACCAGUGUAAUGAAGCAUUGCCAGAUUCACAUCCACCUGUUUGGAGGAGGAUUAAACGUUAGCAGUGCUUCUCGCAUUCUUGAGUGUAAGAAGCAACAUAAUUUAAUCUGGCUGAGAUGUUGCCACAGGCACAUUUUUCCAGUGAACCUGGGAUGCAGUAAAUACAGUAAAGUGUCAAUUGCACUGUAGAAUAAGAUUUAAUAAUUGAUACAUUUAUAGAUAUGCUGUUUCUAUAUCACAUAGUUUGUAUUAGUUUUUGUUGAUCUGAAUAAGCAAAUAUAUGAAAUGAAGGUUUAUUUGUUUCAGUGCUCAAACACCUUCUGCCUACUGUAUAUGUUCAGAACAAAGAACAUCACUGUUUUUAGUUUUUUUUAAUAUUUUUAUAUUGCAUUUUUUUUUUCAUUACUGUGCUGUAGAAUUUGUUAUACCAUUGUACCAGAUAAGAGAUAAUUCAGUUUUAAAGUUUUCAGCAUUAAUUGAAAAAAAAAAAUCAGCUUUGUUGAAAUAUGUGUACAUUUUUGUUUCCUUCUGUCAACAUCUAAUCAUCUCUGUUAUUUUGUUGAAUAUGUCAAAGGGGUUAUGUAAAAAGCAGCAAUUACACACAGCAUGUAACAGGAUUUGUGUAGACAUAAAGGUCUGCUCCCCAAGGGCAUUUUGUUUUUUUCCACUACCAUCCUUUCAAAAUAAUCCUGCUUUCACUAUGCUUGAAAUAAUUAUUGUACUGACAAGACAAUGAAUGAAGGAAUCUUACCCUGAAAUCUUCUCUUUUUUUUAUUUGUUUCUUUUGAGAUGUUUUAUAUGCAACUUUUUAUAAACAUUUUGUAAUGUCUUUGUGAGUGUGUGUGUGUGUUAUACCAAACAAAUCUAUGGAUAAUAUAUUUGGGAACAGUAUAUGUAAGGAUAGAUUAUAUGUACAAUUCAAAUUAUCAUUGAAUUAUUCCACAAGGGUGCAGGUUUAUAUUCAGUUUUGUGUGGACCUGUGUCUAUACAAUAAACAUAUAUUUUUGUAUAAUUCCUGAAAUUAAAAAGACAUUGGUAUUCACA